CAGAUCACAUGACUAGCACCGAGAAGCAGGGAGAAUCAUGGCCGUCUCCGGUGUGUUUAAAGCGGGUCUGUUCAACCACAAAGUGGCGGUGGUAACGGGAGGAGGCACCGGAAUCGGUAAAGCCAUCUCCUCCGACCUGCUGAAGCUGGGUUGUAACGUGGUGAUCUCCAGUCGGAAGUUGGAGAGGCUGGAGGCUGCAGCUGAAGAGCUGAGACAGAGUAUCCCUGAGUCUAGUCCUGCAUCUGUCACCCCUAUAGUCUGUAACAUACGCAACGAGGAGGAGGUGAAGUCUCUGGUGGGGUCAGUGUUGCAGCAGUAUGGUCGGAUAGACUACCUGGUAAAUAACGGUGGAGGUCAGUUCAGCAGCCCAGCAGAACACACCUCAUCUAAGGGGUGGAAGGCUGUUAUAGACACCAACCUCACAGGAACCUUCCACUGCUGCAAGGAAGUGUAUGCUGCAUGGAUGAAGGAGAACGGAGGAGUGAUCGUCAACAUCAUCGCUGAUAUGUGGAAGGGCUUCCCAGGCAUGGCUCAUACCGGAGCAGCGCGGGCCGCUGUAGACAACCUAACUAAGACUCUGGCCAUCGAAUGGGCCGUGUCUGGAGUCAGAGUCAACGCCAUAGCACCGGGUACCAUCAUCUCCAAGACAGCCGUUGAGAACUAUAAGGAGUUUGGACCAACACUGUUUAAGAUGUCUAUUCCUUUCAGCCCUGCUAAAAGACUGGGAGUCCCAGAGGAGAUCUCUCCAGCAGUGUGCUUCCUCCUGUCUCCUGGUGCCUCUUAUAUCUCUGGAGCCACUCUGAGGGUGGACGCUGGACAGAGUCUUUACCACUCUAUGUGGGAAAUACCAGAUCACAGUGCGUGGCCUGCGGCCCCAGAGGGAGAGAAUCUGGACACUCUGAAAGAGCUGCUGAAACCCAAGGCCAGGCUCUAACUAUCACUACGGAAACAAGGUCAUCGCUACGGAAACAACCCAGCACCGCGGUGCCCAGCCCAUGGCAACGGACGGACGGGUAUAUGAUUGUAGACAGACAGUGGAUGUUUAGAGAAUUGUUUUUGAGAAAGCUGAUCAGAAUGCUAUCAAUAUGAAUUAAUGGAAGGAUUAGUGUCACUAUAGAGGCUGACCUCUACAUCUGUCUCCUCUCGUCCUGUCAGCCUGACCCUGUGUGACCCUGUAUCGCCCUGUGACCCAGUAUCUCCCUGUGUGACCCUGUAUCGCCCUGUGUGACCCUGUAUCGCCCUGUGUGACCCUGUAUCGCCCUGUGUGACCCUGUAUCGCCCUGUGUGACCCUGUAUCUCCCUGUGUGACCCUGUAUUGCCCUGUGUGACCCUGUAUCGCCCUGUGUGACCCUGUAUCGCCCUGUGUGACCCUGUAUCGCCCUGUGACCCUGUAUCGCCGUGACCCUGUAUCGCCCUGUGACCCAGUAUCGCCCUGUGUGACCCUGUAUCGCCCUGUGUGACCCUGCAUCGCCCUGUGUGACCCUGCAUCGCCCUGUGUGACCCUGCAUCGCCCUGUGUGACCCUGCAUCGCCCUGUGUGACCCUGCAUCGCCCUGUGUGACCCUGCAUCGCCCUGUGUGACCCUGUAUCGCCCUGUGACCCUGUAUCGACCUGUGACCCUGUAUCACCCUGUGUGACCCUGUAUCGGCCUGUGUCACCCUGUAUCGGCCUGUGUGACCCUGUAUCGCCCUGUGUGACCCUGCAUCGCCCUGUGUGACCCUGCAUCGCCCUGUGUGACCCUGCAUCGCCCUGUGUGACCCUGCAUCGCCCUGUGUGACCCUGCAUCGCCCUGUGUGACCCUGCAUCGGCCUGUGUGACCCUGCAUCGCCCUGUGUGACCCUGCAUCGCCCUGUGUGACCCUGCAUCGCCCUGUGUGACCCUGCAUCGGCCUGUGUGACCCUGCAUCGCCCUGUGUGACCCUGCGUCGCCCUGUGUGACCCUGUGUCGCCCUGUGACCCUGUAUCGCCCUGUGACCCUGUAUCGCCCUGUGAGACCCUGCAUCGCCCUGUGACCCUGUAUCGCCCUGUGUGACCCUGUAUCGCCCUGUGUGACCCUGUAUCGCCCUGUGUGACCCUGUAUCGCCCUGUGACCCUGUAUCGCCCUGUGACCCUGUAUCGACCUGUGUGACCCUGUAUCGCCCUGUGUGACCCUGUAUCGCCCUGUGUGACCCUGUAUCGCCCUGUGUGACCCUGUGUCGCCCUAUGACCCUGUAUCGCCCUGUGACCCUGUAUCGCCCUGUGACCCUGUAUCGCCCUGUGUGACCCUGUGUCGCCCUAUGACCCUGUAUCGCCCUGUGACCCUGUAUCGCCCUGUGGGACCCUGUAUCGCCCUGUGACCCUGUAUCGCCCUGUGACCCUGUAUCGCCCUGUAUCUCAUGUACUGUACAUAAUUGUAGAUAAUUAACAUGGUAAUAGGCCUAUGUGACAAUUCUCCUGAUUGAUUGGCUGUUAUUAGUGUUGUGAUAAUGCACAGCCAGUACUGAUGAACCAUAAUGUUUUCACUAACUCGUCUCAUAAAGAAACAGCUCUGCCUUACAAUAAACACCCUUUACAUUGCACUGACUUGUCCCUCAGAUCUGACUGGGGCUGGUUCUGACUGGGUCUGUGGUUCUGACCGGGUCUGUGGUUCUGACUGGGUCUGUGGUUCUGACUGGGGCUGUGGUUCUGACUGGGGCUGUGGUUCUGACUGGGGCUGUGGUUCUGACCGGGUCUGUGGUUCUGACUGGGGCUGUGGUUCUGACUGGGGCUGUGGUUCUGACUAGGGCUGUCAUGAUUCACCAAUACGAACCAAUACGAGGCCGUGAGGGGAUGACGGCUCUGGUCAAUCACAUCCGCCCCAGUGGAGGCCGUGAGGGGAUGACGGCUCUGGUCAAUCACAUCCGCCCCAGUGGAGGCCGUGAGGGGAUGACGGCUCUGGUCAAUCACAUCCGCCCCAGUGGAGGCCGUGAGGGGAUGACGGCUCUGGUCAAUCACAUCCGCCCCAGUGGAGGCCGUGAGGGGAUGACGGCUCUGGUCAAUCACAUCCGCCCCAGUGGAGGCCGUGAGGGGAUGACGGCUCUGGUCAAUCACAUCCGCCCCAGUGGAGGCCGUGAGGGGAUGACGGCUCUGGUCAAUCACAUCCGCCCCAGUGGAGGCCGUGAGGGGAUGACGGCUCAUGAUAAUGGCGGUAAAAGAGCUAAUGGAAUGCAACCCUUUUGUUUUGGUGUAUUUGAUACCAUUCCACUUAUUCCACUCCAGCCAUUACCACGAGCCUGUCCUCCCCAAUUAAGGUGCCACCAGCCUCCUCAGCAUACAAAUGGCUCAGGUGAUAAGAGGCUUUAUUAGUUGAGUAAAGACCUAUGUAAUUUGCUAGGUGAUUAUCUAUGUGUUUUACCAGAAUAAAAGCAGGCCUAAACUA